CAACGAUAAUAAUAUACGAAUAUUUUAUUUCAUCAUAUUUAUUCUAGAUGUCAGUGUAUGUUUGUGUUUUGAUUGGCCGAAAUCACGUGUAUUAGUAGUUUAUGAAAUGUCAAACAAUUCUAAAGAAAAAAGUUAUUUUUAAAGCGAUUUAUCAAUGUUUAAAAGAUUAAUAACUGUACAUUUUAACAAACACAUUAAAAAUAGGUUCUUUUGUUCUAAAUUAUUGUCAGAAGAAAAGUUGCGUAAUGUAUUGUUAACAAAUUUGCAUGUUGAACCAAGAGAAAUUGAUCAGUUGUUUAAUUUAUACAGUGAAAGAUUAUUAAAGAUAUCAGAGAAAAGAAUUAUUAGAAAUUGUCAAAUAUGUAACGAACACAAUGUUGAGUUAAAAACUGCAAGAAAUAUAUUCACUUGCUUUGUCAUGUAUUCUCAUUUACUGAAACACAGAAUAUUUGUUUUGCAAGAAUUGGGUGUACCUAAAAUAGAUAUUAAUUUAGUUUGGAGAUUGGCACAUUACAUGAGACGACCUGCAAGUGAAUUUAAAACGAUUACAAAGAUACCAGAGGAGCAGCAUAUUAUAAAUAAUAUAAUUAAUCACAUAGACGGAAAUUUGUCAAACGUGCUGCCCAUCGAAAAAUUGAAUGAAUCGGUGUCCACGAAAGAGCAUUACAAAGCAUGUUUUUCAUAUUACGCUCAACAUAAAUUAGGUGCCAAAAAUGACGAACCAUUAAAAUAUAAAGGAUUUAUGUUCAAAAGUAUAAGAAUAAUGACUAAAUUAAUAGAUUUUUAUAGAGAUAAAUUUGGUUUUGAUUUAGAAUAUAUAAGAAAUCAUUUACAUAUUUUGGAUGUUUGCCCGGAUUAUGCACAAUACGUAAUGGAUAGUUUAAAGGAUUACAAAAUAUCUGACUACAAUUUUCAAGAAGUCGUUAAAAAAUGGUAUAAAAUAUUACAUUACGAUCCAGAAAAUACGAAAAAAGUAUUAUUGACCUUAAAAAAAUAUGAAUUAGAUGGAAAACCUCUGAGAUAUUGUAUUAAAAUUUUGAAAGUUAAUAAUGAUUAUCUUAUUGAUAAAUUAAACGAACUAUCAACUACACCGGAUAUCAGAGUAUGGUUUAAAAGUCAACGUAUAUUAUUUUUCAUAGUGCAUAAAAACACGAUCAACAAACGAAUUGAAUUGCUUCGUAAAAGAGGUUACAUUAAAUCGGCUAACUCACAUCUAAUUACGAGCGACAAUUCUUUUUUUAAAAAAUUUCUGCAAGACGAAAUAAGUUGCAGUGUAAAAGGUACUUACAUAGUAUACAUUUUAUGUAAAGAACUGGGUUCCGACAAGGAAGACUUGAUAAAUAUUUUAAAAAAACAUCCAUAUUGGAACAAAGUAUCAUUCGUUGAUAUAGACGAUACAUUGCGUAAUAUAAAAGAAUAUUAUUCAAUAGAAGAUAUAUGUCGUAAUAUUCACAUUAUUCUCUAUCCAUGGGCUACUAUUAAAAAAACGUUACAAACUAUAAACGAAUCUGAUACGUUUAGCAAGGAAUAUACUCUGUCUCAACAACUAGCGCUUUGCUUGUAUCUUAUGGAGAAAAAUAAUCACUUUACUGGCGAUGCUAUUUGGAAUAUAGAGGAUAAUAAUGAAUUAACAAGCAAUAAAGAAAUGGAAUCAUUGAAUAACAAUGAAUUCUUGGAUCUAAAUCAAAGUUUUAAUAUUUUGAAUAAAUCUUGAAUUUAUUAAGAUGUAAGAUUAUUUUUUAUUUUAUGAUUAUUCUUUUGUUCAUUCCUAAAAAAAAAAAAUAAGAAAACGCAUUAAAAGUAAUUACGUUUCACGCGGAUUAUAUUAAUUAUUAUAUUUUAUAAAAGUAUCAUUUUUCUUUCCGAUAAUAUAUAGUUGUCGAAUAUGAAAGAUAAUCGUGCGAAUUACGAGAUCGUAUAAACAAAUUGGGUGGGUAAAUAUGAUAAUAACAAACCAUUCUCUCCCACUCUCUUUUAACUAAAUAUUUAGAUUUAUUUUCAAAAUUAUUUUAAUACGAGAAAUAAACAUUGUAAAAUAAAAUUCGUACAUAUAGUACUAGAUAAUAAAUCCGACUGUUUCGUUUG